ACAAUUCCCAACAUGUUCGUGAUAGCACUAGCUGUGAGCGAUAUUCUAAUGUGUAUCUGCUGUAUGCCUUUUACAGUUGUUACUCUGUUCCAUGGCCAGUGGAUAUUUGGCGAAUCUUUCUGUCUCUUUCAAGGUUUUGCCGCACUGACUUUCGGAAUUGUCGCUAUGGAUACCAUGGGUAUCAUUGCGGUCAACCGAUUCUUCUGCGUUGUAAAACCAGAAAGGUAUCUCUUGUUGUUUAAGAAGAAAAGAGCGUUGAUAUACAUUGUCAUUGUGUGGUGCCUGGCUUUCGCUGGAUCUGUGCCCCCGUUUUCCUUUGAGGGCAAAAAUAGCUUUAAAUUCCAGCCUGGAAAAGCAAUGUGUUUGUACACGUUUGAAAGCAACAUGGCUUACACUAUUACAAUCGAAUGUGUUUACAUCGCAGCACCCUUAACAAUCAUAGCGGUCUGCUAUGUCAAAGUGUUCCGCUCAGUUUCAAGAUCAAAUCGUGUUUUCUGUCUAGGUGUUAACCUCAGUCAACUCCGCGCGAAUGUGGAAGAAGCAAAAGUAACGAAAACCUUAGCAGUUCUGCUUGGCUUCGCGUGUUGCUGGCUCCCUAUCUCCGUUGUGGAUAACGUGGACGCCGCGCGCGGAGAACCCAAGAUACCACGACAGGUUUACUUGACAUACGCGUUCUUGGCCUAUCUGAGUAGCACUAUCAACCCAUUCAUUUACGGUAUCAUGAACAGACAGUUCAGGCGAGAGUACAAGGCCCUCUUGCGCAAGAUUACUUUCUUUCGGCGCCAAAAUGGCAAUAACAACAGCAGACACAACGUUGAAAGUCAUCCAUAA